UGCUAUGAUCAUCUGAACGAAUCUUUGGUUCAAUCGAAUGGACCGACAUAUCUUGGUGGCUUUAUUGAUAUCGUUCGCAUGUUCGGUUACUCCAUCCGAAAUCUAAUCAAUGAAAAUUGUCCUAAUGCUCUUACGGACAAAUCGCUCCUAAAAGACUGCGUGAACGGAUCGCUAGUGAAUGAAUACGUUUACAAAACAACUUUCAAUGGAUAUUUGGAGAAUAUGAAAAUAAACAAAGAUGGCGACGGAAUGGGCCAGUAUGAAGUGCUGCAGCAAAUUCGCAAAGGAACGGGAUUUGAAAAGGUCAAAGUUGGAGUUUGGGUUGCGUUGACCUCAUCUCUCAGCUUCACUACAAAUGUGACGUGGACAACGAGAUACAUGUUGGAUAAUCAUGGGAUACCUGAGUCAGUCUGUAGCAAGCCAUGCGACCCGGGAUACUUUCGCUUGCUUUCAGAUUCGCCGUGUUGCUGGGUUUGUAAAAAAUGCAGAUCCAACGAGUUCGUCACGAUAAACGGGUCGGCGUGUGACGUGUGUAAUGAAACAACAUGGCCGAAUAGCAUAAACAACACGUGCGAUGAAAUCCAGCCAAUGGUCCCAGGCUGGGCAGCGAUCACAACAAUUGUGUUCAUGUGUUUUGCUACCAUAGGUUUACUCCUGGUCAUUGUGAUCGGGACCUUGUAUAUAGUGCACCGAAACGACCGCAUCAUCAAGGCAUCAAGUUUGUCCCUUAGUUGUGUCAUCCUCUCUGGUGUCGUAUUAUCCUACAUAACCGUAUACCUAGUCCUGUCCAACCCAUGUUCAGUUGUAUGUAGCAUCCAGAGACAGACAUUUAGCUGGAGCUUUAUUCUCAUCUACGCACCCAUUUUGGUUAAAAGCAACCGGAUCUACCGCAUUUUCACGGCAGGGAAACAAGGCAACAAGAGGCCCAACCUUAUCGGAGGCAAGGCACAACUUGUCUUCUCCUUCAUCAUUAUCAGCAUCCAGGUAACCAUUUCAAUUGUUACAGCGGCUGUCUUACCUCCCACCCCUACGUUGCGUCAGCCAAUCAUGAUAGAGAAGAGAGUGGAACUGACAUGUGACCUGCCAUUCUACGCAUUGAUCAUCCCCCUCUGUUACAACCUGUUGGUCGUUUUGGUGGCUGCUUUCUUCGGCUAUAAGACGAGGAAACUACCAGAAAACUUCAACGAGUCCAAGUGUAUAUUUCUCUCCGUCUGUUCGACUGUUUUCAUUUGGAUUGCAUUCAUGCCAACAUAUUUUGCCGCCAUGACAGCCCAGCACAAGAUCCUUUUGUUAGCCUCGUCACUUGUGUUAAAUGCGACGGUCAUAAUAUUGUGCUUGUUCGUCACACGCGUGUAUGCGUUAUUCUAUAUGGACGAGGAUGAUAUGUUGUUCAUGACGAUGACAAGAACACGCGUGGCUCCCAUGUCUCAGAUCUCGGCUAUAGCUUCUUAGACUCCUUACCGUUGGUAUACGAUUAACGGGGAACCCUCAUGCAAUGUUCAAGGGGGGAAUGGGUUGCAAUAGUGUUCUUAUAUGUAAGUCAAACAGCACACAGUUAGCAAACCGGAGCCCAAAUAAAAGGACGUUACCACCGGGGAACCUUCUUCCAUUACUAUAAGUACGUAGUACUUUAUGACAUAUCAACAUUAUUGCUGGUAGGUCUGAUAUAAACUCAACCAAAUCAACAUCCAAGAGGCCAACGGCUAAGAUAGGAAGUGACAGGAAGUGUCCUUGCCGUUGGCCCCAGAUCAAAUAAUAUUCAAUGCCAAAAUCUUUCCAUCUGACAUCAUCCACAGACAGUCAUGUGCAGCUGUGAUUCGUCGCUAGGUUACGAGAUGGCGACUUCCAUCAUUUUCAUAUUCGAGGAUCGAUCAGAGAUUACGAGCUCAUGAUCGCACAAGUGAGACGGAGUCUCUUAUAUUUAUAGAAUGAAUAGUUUCGAAUAUGGUGUCUCCUAUAAAGGCUUGGUUCUUCUUCAAAACCACGUCACGUCCAUCACUUGACCUGCCCUAAACAUUCACUCUUCCAGACAUGAUGCUGGUGAACUAUGCAGAUACAAUAAUUUCGGCGAAAGACUCUCCCAAAGUUGUCCCAAUUCCGUCGUCCUGUUAACCAGUACUAGGGGGAGGAGAACGAGGGUGGGACCACAACAUCCGGAGUAAGGACACUGGUUCUUUUUCUUUCCAACUCAUUCCCGUGGCUAGCCGAUCUAUCGGCAUUGUUUCACGGCCAAUAAAUCGCAUGUCUUGUAAAUUCUGACUCGGUACC